AGAAGAAUUAACCCGAAUGAAGAUAAGAAGAUAAAAAGAUAACACCUUGAUCGUUCGUCACUUAUCGUACGUAUCGUUCAAUACGGAAAGAAGAACAAAAAGAAAAAAGAAGAAAUAAGAAGAAAAUUCUAGUUUCUCUAUAUGGAAAGAUCUUACUUUCGCGGUUAAUGCACAUUACCUUUCCCUUUUUCAUCUUCGACGAGAACGAGAGUUCUACUACGUCAAACGAUCGUACGUGCGCGCGUGCACACGACUCGUUCUUUCUGUUUACGAAACAAACUUGUGAAGACACGAUGUGACGUAUGUAAAAGAGAAAGAGAGAAAGAUAGAAAGAGAGAGAAAAAGAGGGAGAGUUACUUACUUCAGUUCAUUGAGUGACGCGCGCGCGUCCACACGUAAACAUUUACGUAUGUGUUAGUAAAUACGUAAAACAUAUACAUAUAUACACGUACGUACGUACGUUUGGACAACGACCACACCUAUAAGAUUCAAGAGAUAGAAAGAUAGACAGGACGCUUUCGUUUGUACGCGUGCAGAAAGAUGGCCGCGUCGUUUAACCGUCAUCAUUCAUCGGCUACAUACAACAUUAUUAUAUUCAUCGUUUAUAUUUGUUUCUAUCUUGAUACGUGUCCUAUAAUUCUCAGCGAAGAAAGAAUUUCUCAAGGUAGCAGAUAUUAUAAUCGUGAUGGCGUUUAUGUGCCACCGAAUCCAGCCGGCUAUCAGACCUAUGUCUACAAAGAUAGGAGAUAUGGAUAUCAACCUAGCUACCUUGAUCCUAUUUACAGGGGUCCAACUAGGGCUCCAGAGGAUCGUUACCUUUAUGGGGACAUGACACCUAGUGUACCGUUACCUGGAAUACUCGGUGGAUGGCGACAGGAUCUUCAAGGAAAGGAGAGACGGGAUUCUACAAAUUUAAAAACCGAUGUUUUUGUUACAACCAGAUAUGGACAAGUUCAAGGGUUUAAAGUUAAUUUAUAUGACGAUCCGAAUGCACAGCAUAGACCUUGGAAUGUACAAGUUGAAAGAAUUACAAAAAAUGUUAAUGUAUUUCUGGGAAUACCUUAUGCUAUGCCACCUACGAAGGAUGGUCGUUUCAAGCCACCAAAGCCACAUAGAGGAUGGCAACUCUUACAGGCUGUUGAUUGGGGUCCAGCGUGUCCACAACCCAGCUCAUAUACUGGGGCUACAAAAGGAGUGCGCGAUGUAGACGAAGAUUGUUUGUACUUAAAUAUCUUUUCACCCAAUAUUGAUUCAGGUUUAGCACAGCCAUAUUCAGUGAUGCUUUAUAUACAUGGAGGUGAAUUUACUCAUGGCGCAAGUAAUUUAUUUCCGGCACAUAUAUUGGCAGCAUUUUAUGACGUUGUAGUUGUAUCUAUAAAUUAUAGAUUGGGAGCGCUUGGAUUUUUAAGUACAGGGGAUGAAAAUAGUCCAGGAAAUUAUGGUAUUUUAGAUCAAGCAAUGGCAUUACGAUGGGUUUAUGAUAAUAUUGGUGAUUUUAAUGGUAAUCCUGAUGCGAUAACAUUGUUUGGGCCUGGAGCUGGUGGAGCAAGCGCAGGCUUAUUAAUGGUAGCACCUAGAACACGACAAAUGGUUUCAAAAGUUAUUGCACAAUCGGGCUCGGCAUUAGCCGAUUGGGCAGUAAUAAUGGAUAAAUAUAGAGCACAAAAUACAUCAAGAGUUUAUGCAGAAAUGCUUGGUUGUAGUAUAGAGAGCAGUUGGAAAUUAGUGCAAUGCUUGAAAGAUGGUCGUAAUUUUUUUGAAUUGGGAAACUCUGAAUUUAAACCACACGUAGGAAUGUUCCCAUGGGCUCCCGUAUUAGACGUUAAUUUUACAGUACCACGUGAUAAUUUAUACGAGGAUUGGGCAGCUUCUGAUUGGCGUUUCUUUGCAGAAACUCCUGAAGAAAGUAUUAAAACUGGAAAAUAUAAACGAGAUUUGGCAUAUAUGGGAGGUGUUACCACUCAAGAAGCAGCAUUUAUUUUAUAUAACAAUGAAACAUUGGCUAGGAAUGAUUAUACAAUAGAUAAAGAAUUAUUCGAUCAAAAAGUUUGGGAAUUAGUUUUACGUUACAAUUAUACACUUAAUCCACAAGGUGUUUACGAAGCUAUAAAAUACAUGUACACAUAUUGGCCAGAUCCAAUGAAUGUUACACACAUUCGUGAUCAAUAUAUAAAUAUGUUAACUGAUUUUCAUUAUGUUGCACCAUAUGAUAAAAUAGCAAAAUUAUUAGUAGAGAAACAUGUACCUACUUAUCUGUACGUUUUAAAUACGACUACUGAAGCCUUUAGACUGCCACACUGGAGACGAGUACCUCAUGAUACCGAAUUACUUUGGUUGACUGGUGCACCUUUUAUGGAUGUUGAAUUUUUCCCUGAAAAAUGGAAAUUAAGAAGAGACAUGUGGACGGAAAAUGAUCGUAAUAUGAGUCGUUUCUUUAUGAAGGCAUAUUCUAAUUUUGCAAAAUAUGGACAUCCUAGUCCUUCACAGAUUUUGGGAUUACAUUUUGAUGUUGCUAAAUAUGGUCAAUUGCAAUAUUUAAAUAUUAACACAACAUUCAACAGUUCAAUUAUGAUAAAUUAUCGUCAAACCGAAAGUGCAUUUUGGUCGAUGUAUUUACCAACGGUUAUUGGUAGACUAGUCCCAACAUAUCCGCCUGUUACCGAGUACUGGUGGGAGCCUAAACAACCUUUACAAAUUGCAUUCUGGUCAAUGUCAACUGCCUGUUUAUUAUUGAUGGUAGUUUCAGUAGUUUGCUGUAUGCUUUGGCGUAAUGCCAAAAGACAAUCUGAUCACUACUAUAGCGGAGACAUCUUGAUGAUACGAGAGGAUGAACAUUCGUCGGAAGGAAUCGAAAAUUUAAAUCGUGCUUCUAAAGAAAAUAUAUACGAGUAUCGUGAUUUACCACCAAGAACUAGAGUACCACGACAGAAUGAAGCGAGAUUACAAGAACGUUUAGCGCAGAAUAGAAAAUUUAGUUCAACGCCAUCGUUAAGAAGUAAUUCAAACGUAUCUUUAAAAGAUAUGAGAUCAGAAGGUUUUGUUACGAGCUCUCCAAAUGGUAAACCUAGGCUCAAUAAAGCCGCCAGUCAAUCUACACUGCCCAAGAUUAAAAGUAAAACACAAUUAGUACAAGGUGUACCACAAACAGCUGUUUAAGCAGAAAUAUUUUCUGAAAAUAUAAUAAUACAUGAUGUGCCAUAAAAGAACCUUUGAGAAGCAGCUAUUGAGAACUGAUAUAACGACAAUGGCGGCUAUAUAUAAUAGUAGCUAAAAAUACAACAAUUUUUAUAAAGGUUCUAACAUCAAUUUAUGGUACUUAAUAAAAAUGAUUAAAAAUGUUAUCGAAUACAAGACAUUCCUAGAGAAUCAAAAGAUUAAUUUUAAUCGCAUUAUUACCAUUAUAUAAUAAGGAUAAUAUUUUAUACAACCUUUUGCAGAAAAAUAUCUUUAUUUUUACUGCAAUUUAUCCGUCCAUUACAUCUUAGAAAUAUAUAGAAAAAAAAUAUAUGUAUAUUCUGGUACAAUGUAUAUAUCAAAAGAUACUUCGAAAUAAUUACAUGGAUUUAAUAAUAUAAGUUCAAUUAUCGUACUAUUUUGUAAAAAAAAAAAAAAAAAAGAAAAAAAAAGAAAAAGAAAAAGAUUAUUGAGUUUUCUAAAAGAUAUUAUUUGCUGUAGCAUAUAAUUAAAUUUAUAAUGAAAAUAUUUUCUAAUUCAUAGUUGGAAUAAUAUAUCUCGUUAGGAAAUCAAGAAGAUUGUAUAUAUCAAAUUUUUGAUAAACCUUUUUUCAAGCAUAUCAAUCAAAGUUCAAUACAAUUUUAUUUGAUAAUAAUAAGAUUGGUGCCUUAUGAUAUGAAGAUUUUUUUUUUCUUUUUUUUUUUUUUUCUUUUUUACUUCUAUUAAUCAAAUGAGAUUUUUAUUUGUAAUAUAUAUAUAUAUAAAUGAUUUCUUUUAUAUAUAUAUAUAUAUAGAGUAAGAGUCAGAUAUAUUUAUAUAUUCUGCAUUAUUGCAAAUACGAUCAAAUACGAUCAAAUACGACGACUUUUAUUCAUCUUUUAUUAGCUACAUGUAAUAUUAUUUCUGUGCUAUGUUUUGAUAAUAUAUAUAUAUAUUAUAUAUAUAUAUUUUCAUUUUAUGGAAAUAAGUAUAAAAAAGAUACAUAUGAUAAUAUAUGUACAAUACUUUUGUAUAGUAUUUUUAAAGAUAUAUUUGAAAAAUGAUUAUACUAUAUUUAAAAUAAGUUAAUAUUUUAAUUAUUUUAAGAAUACGUAGUAAAUUUACUACAUGCACAUUUUGACUCAAGGUACCUAUCACAAAUGCAUUAUUUAUAUGAUAGUUUAACUUAUAUGUUUAACAAAAGAAUAUAUAUACAUUUAUAUAUAUAUAUAUUUUUUUUUUUAUAUUCCUCAUAAAUAUGUCAGCUUCGAUGUACAAGUGCAAUGCAUUUCUACGCAUGAAAAAUAGAUUCCUAGAUGAUAGUCGUCUAUUCAGAUAAUUUUCAUAAUUAUUAUUUAUAUUUUUAAUUGAACAAAUUAUUUCAUUAUUACUGUAAACAAUAUUUUACCAUUAGUGAUCUCAUUACUAUUGACAUUAUAUUAUUGUAAUAUUGAUAAGUAUAUUUUGCGUUGGACGAUUUCUCAUGUUGCUUGCGAACAGAAGUAUUAAUAAGACAUAUAUUUAUAUAAACAUGUUUUCAAUUCUUUUUUUUUUUUUUUUUUUUUUUUUUCUACAUU